AUGGCUAGCCUGCAGAAAUCCAUGAGCUUUUCCCUGAUGGGGAUUCUGGCCGCCAACUGCCUGAUUCUCACUGCCCUGUGGGCCCAGGAGGCAGCAGCACUGCCGGUCAAUUCCCACUGCAAGAUUGACGAGUCUGACUUCCAGAGGCCGUACUUCAUCAACCGCACCUUCAUGCUAGCAGAGGAGGCUAGCUUUGCAGAUAACAACACAGAUGUCCGGCUCAUUGGGGACGAACUGUUCCAAGGAGUCAAAAUGCAGGAUCGGUGCUACUUGAUGAAGGAGAUACUCAACUUCACCCUUGGAGAGGUGCUGAUCCCCCAAUCAGACAGAUUCCAGCCCCACAUGCAGGAGGUGGUAUCCUUCCUGACCAAGCUAAGCAGCCAGCUCAGCUCCUGUCACAUCAGUGGUAACGGCCAGCGCAUCCAGAAAAAUAUACAAACACUGAAGGAAACAGUAAAACAGCUUGGAGAGGGUGGAGAGAUCAAAGUCAUCGGGGAACUGAACCUGCUGUUUAUGUUCCUGAGAAAUGCUUGUGUCUGA